AUGGACGUAAAUGGACGUGGGAAAACCGAGGAUUUACCGCUCGAGGGACUGGUCGCCUUGAUCGGAUGGUUGAUCGAGAAUUGGGAGGAAUUCCACGCACCACAGCUGAUCACACCACAACAGGGCGUGACGGCGAAGCAGAAAUUAUGGAAGCAAUGGUCAGAAGCAUUGGGAGAAAUGGGCAUUUUUCGAACAACUGAUCAGGUUCGAAAAAAGAUCAACGGAGAGCUGAAAGUGGUGAGGAAUCGAAUACUUUUCGAGCGACAAGGCCAUCAACAAGCGAUGAAGCUGAAUCCAGCGAGAAAGCUUCUAUAUGAUUUUCUGAUGUUGAAAGAUGAGGGAAAAGAAUCCAAUGGAAGCAGCGAACAGCAAGAAGUUGAGGCUUCAAUAGCGAAGAAUCUCCUCAAGUUCAACCCAAUCGACUACGCGGAUUACUUUGUGAAAAAGGAAACAGCCUCAACGCCAAGUGAAGAGUCAUUUGAUGUGCACAAGUUGUUAGAAAAUGGAGAGCCUGAGACGAUCAUUGUGAACCGCAACGUCUCCCCAGAAGCGCCACCACCGGUAAAAAGGCCAAGGUUCAAUCUCACGUCAACUCACUCAAACCACAAAGAGAGCAAUAAUCGACCAAGUGUCAUCGAAAGUUCGAAAAAUGAAAUCGAUAACGUGGAGGAUGCAAAAACGAUAGAGAAGACGAUUCUCCUUGAGAAGCUGCUGAAAACAAAAGCUGAACGAGAAACGGCCCAAAUAGAGCUGUCAACAGCAAAAUUGAGACAUGAGAUAGCGCUCCUCGAAUUGGAAAGGUUAAAAAAACAGCAAGAAAAAAAUAUUCAAGUGAAUGGGAAUAUA